AUGCAGCCAGUUCAUAAGAGCACAUCAGCUGUCAAGCUAAAUAUUGCGAUUGUAGGAGCUGGCAUUGGCGGCUUGUCAGCUGCCAUUGCCCUGGCUCAAGAUGGACAUCAUGUCACGGUUUAUGAGUCUACGCCAGAGCUAUCGGAGAUUGGUGCUGGUGUACAAAUGUCACCAAACGGUGUUCGCUACUGGCUCAACUGGGGCAUCAAUGAAGACCUAUGGCAAAAGUCUUCUCUACCGUCGGAAUUGAACAUGCGACGAUGGAAAGAUGGGGAGUUUAUCGCACGCACUGAGUUAAAUCCAGAUUUUGAGAAGAGGUUUGGGGCGCCAUACCUAGUAAUUCACCGCGCUGAGCUGCACAGUGUGCUUUAUGAGCACGCUCUCAAACAGGGCGUUGAGGUCAGAACUUCCAGUCGCGCUGUUGAUUACGACAUGGAUGCGCCAACAAUGACACUUGCAACGGGCGAAACCGUACGUCCGGACCUGAUAGUUGCAGUUGAUGGUAUCAAUUCGUUUGCCAGGACCAAACUACUAGGAACCACCACAAAAGGAGGCCCUCGGAAAACCGGGGUCGCUGCGUAUCGACUUAUCGUCGAGGUCUCAGAUCUCCUGGCGGAUCCAGAGACAGCAUGGAUUGUCUCUAAUCCGAACCUCAACCUUUGGCUAGGAAGCAAUUGCUCCGCCAUGACCUACAUGAUAUCUAAUGGAACUCGCCUGAACCUGGUGCUUUCGCACCCUGAUGCGAGUGAUACUUCAAACAUGUCCCAGGAAGAACUAACCGAGGAGAUGUUGUCGUAUUUUCAUAAUUGGGAUCCGAUGCUGAUGAAGAUUGUACGAAAGAAGAGAUCAAUUCAUAAUUGGCCCCUUUUUGAGGCAGACCCUCUCAAUAAAUGGGUUUCUGACUCUGGGAAAUUCAUUCUCAUUGGCGAUGCGGCCCAUGCCAUGGUGCCAUACUUAUCAAUGGGUGUUACUAUGGCCGUCGAGGAUGCAGCUACAUUAAGCAAAGCUCUCACAUAUGUGACUGACAAGCGUGAUCUUCCACUGGUACUCCAGCUGGUUGAGACGUUACGUAUUCGUCGGGCGAAACAAGUUCAGCAGGCGAGCCUUGCUAACGGGAGAGUUCUUCAUCUUUGCGAUGGCCCAGGGCAGGAGGCCAGAGACAAUGCAAUGCGGCCUUCCUUGGAAGGAAUACCGCUUGAGAAAAGCCCCUACGGCAUGACCGACCGAGAAACACAAGCCUGGUGUUAUGGACAUGACGUGCAGCUGGGUUUCGAGGAGGCCUGGGAGAAGAUUGCUAGCGAUCGCCGUGUUGACGCGUCGCUCUAA